AAACAGUAUUCAGCUUCCGGAAGUGCAGAAAUGUCUUUUCUGAGCUCUUUGACUCUUUACAACAGGAAGUAAACAGGAACAAUAACCACAACUGAACCGGUUAUAAUUACGACAACACACCUCUUUAUCAGCAACGAUGGAGGAAUACAACUCUGGAGAUGAGGUUGUCUUCAAUGCCGACGAGGUUAAUAUCUCAAUUAAAGAGUGUAUCGAAGGUGUUAUUGGUGGAACAGAGUACAACCAGAGUAAAGUGAACCAGUGGACGGCCAGUAUAGUGGAGCACUCUCUGACUCACCUGGUAAAACAAGGACGGCCGUUCAAAUACAUAGUGAAUUGUGCGGUCAUGCAGAAGAGCAGCGCUGGUCUCCACACAGCCAACUCCUGCUACUGGGACACUGCCACUGAUGGAAGCUGCACAGUGAGGUGGGAGAAUCGCACCAUGUACUGUGUGGUCAGUGUGUUUGCUGUUGCUGUGGCACUAUGAGCUGCUCUCUCUCUCUCUGCUAACACCAUCAUGUCUGAAGCUUGAAAUGGCACGGUGACCAAGAAGCCAUGAAGAUUCUCCGAUGAUACCCUCUGUAUGUACAAGUAGCUUAUUACUCCCCACAGGCUUGAACAACUUAACGUCAGGAUAAGAAUUGGGGUUUGUAAGUCGACAGCCUGCGUUUGUGUGAGGAAAAUCUUGCUAGUCAGGACCAAAGUCAGAAUUCAACCCUGAAGCAGUGACUUCUUUGGUCAUCAGAUGUUAAAAAAAGAACUAAAUCUUUUUGACGUAAAGCCUGAUUAGUUUUAGAAAUGCUAGCAGCAAGACUCUGGGGAUGGCAGUGUCAGUCAGUCAACCACUUUGGUCCAGACUGAAAUAUCUCAACAACAACUGGAUAUAUUGACAUUAAAUUUGCUACACACAUUCAAGCCUCCAUCAGGAUAAUUUGUGAUGUGUUGUGAUCUUCCGACUUUUCCUUUAGUGCUAUCAUCAGGUCAAAAUUUGGAUCUGUCCAAUACUUGGAACUAACUUAACUCCCAUCAGCCUCAGCUCUGCUUUGUGAUUAGCAUGCUGACAUUAGUUUUUAGCUCUAAGCACUGCUCUGCCUAAGUACAGCCUCAGGGAGCUGCUAGCAUGGCUUUAGACUAUUUUCAUUCAUCUUCUUCAGUACAUUCCCUCAUAAAACAGUUGCUGUAGUUUGGUAUUUAGGAAAAGUCUGACUGUUGUGUUUUAGUAACUGACUACUUGUAUAAAGUGUCUCUCCUAGUCGUGUAUUUCCAGGAAGAACGACUAAUGCACUUUUUCUAGAACUUUUCCGUAGAAAUCCUGGCAUACUUGUGUAAAACUAAGUUCAUGAAGGCUCUGUAAUAAAUUAAUUUAUUGGAACGUC